AUGGCGGACCCGACAACGCCGCCUGAGGACCACUGGAAGCAGACCGACGGCGGCUUCAGCGAUGGAGGCUUUGACCACAGUUUCUUUGCUGAAACUACGAGAAAGGACUCUCUAGUAUCCAGGGCCAACAGCAUCGGCUCCACAAGUGCCUCCUCAGUACCAAAUACAGAUGAUGAAGACAGCGACUACAGACAUGAGACUUCUUACAAAGACUCCUACAAAGACCGGCGGAGGCAGGCGCACACCCAGGCCGAGCAGAAGAGAAGAGACGCCAUCAAGAAAGGUUAUGAUGACCUGCAAAACAUCGUGCCCACCUGCCAGCCGCAGUCCGAGUUCGCGGCGGGCGCCCAGAAAAUCAGCAAGGCCACUAUACUGCAGAAAACCAUCGACUACAUCCAUUUCCUUCACAAAGAGAAGAAGAAGCAAGAGGAGGAAGUGUCGACGCUCAGGAAAGAAGUGAUGGCGCUGAAGAUUAUGAAAACGAACUACGAGCACAUCGUGAAAGCGCACCAGAACAACCCGCAGCAGGGCCAGGACCAAGUCUCGGACCAGGUCAAGUUCAACAUCUUUCAGAACAUCAUGGACUGUCUGUUCCAGUCCUUCAACAGCUCAGUGUCCGUGAGCAGCUUCCAGGAGCUGUCGGCCUGCGUCUUCAGCUGGAUCGAGGAGCACUGCAAGCCCCAGACCCUGAGGGAGUUUGUGGUCAGCGUCCUCCGGCAGCUCAACGGACAGCUUUAUUGA